AGACCAUGAAAAAUAAUCCAAAGUUUGAAGAAAACUUUUCUAUGGGAUCAAACCAUGAUAAACCGAUUUUCUAUUCCUUGGACCUCCCCCAAGUUUGUAGUUUCUUCCAUCGUUUUGAUUUCUAUUCUCUCCAUAUUUUACACACUAAGCUUCUCGAAUUCUUCUCAUGAACUCAAAUUCAUCAAAACCAUUCAUGGCAUUGACCAAGAGAUCAUAGCCCCACCUGUUUCAUUCCCCAAACCAAAUCCCUCACCAAAAACAACCCUUCAACACAUAGUUUUCGGUAUUGCAGCCUCAGCUCGGUUAUGGGAUCACAGGAAAAAAUACAUCAAACUCUGGUGGAAACCCCAACACAUGCGUGGCAUCGUCUGGUUAGACACUGCUGUCAAAAAUGGAACCGACGACCAUCAUCUGCCACCACUAAUGAUCUCAGGUGACAGUUCCAAGUUCGAGUACACAAACCCAAAGGGCAACCGAUCUGCCAUACGAAUAUCCCGCAUAGUUUCCGAGACUCUACGGCAGGGCAUGGAAGAUGUGAGAUGGUUCGUCAUGGGAGACGAUGAUACAUAUUUUUUGCCUGAAAAUUUGGUUCGGGUGUUGUCUAAAUAUGAUCAUAAUCAGUUUUAUUACAUAGGGAGUUCUUCAGAGAGUCAUAUGCAGAACAUAAAAUUUUCUUAUGGGAUGGGCUAUGGCGGCGGAGGUUUUGCCAUAAGCUACCCUUUGGCUAAAGCUCUUGAAAAAAUGCAAGACAGGUGUAUACAGAGAUACCCAGGAUUGUACGGCUCCGAUGAACGGAUUCACGCUUGCAUGUCUGAGCUCGGUGUUCCUCUCACCAAGGAACCGGGUUUUCACCAGUAUGAUGUGUACGGCAGCCUCUUGGGCCUUCUGGCUGCGCACCCUGUUGCACCUAUAGUCUCUCUUCACCACCUAGACGUGGUUGAGCCCAUAUUCCCCAAUGUGACCAUGGUUCAAGCCCUGCAACGUCUCAAGGUUCCAAUAAACCUGGAUUCGGCUGCUGUCAUGCAGCAAUCGGUUUGCUAUGACAAAACAAGAAGCUGGACGAUCUCGGUCUCCUGGGGCUAUGCAGUUCAAAUCUACCGGGGCGUAUUGUCAGUUCGAGAGAUGGAAAUGCCAGCCAGAACUUUUCUGAAUUGGUAUAAAAGAGCUGAUCACAACAGCUUCUCUUUUAAUACUCGUCCUGUUAGCCGACAUGUUUGCCAAAAACCAUCUGUGUUUUACUUGUCUGACGCAGCAUACAACAAGAACACAAACCAGACAGCUAGUGAGUAUGUUCUGCACAGAGUUUCAAGCCCGGAAUGCAAUUGGAAGAUGGCUGAUCCUUCAGGGAUUGAGAAAGUCGAGGUUUACAAAAAACCUGAUCCGACUUUAUGGGACAAGAUUUCUGUUGUGGUUUUGAGCAAGGCUCCACGAAGGAAUUGUUGCAGGGUGUUGCCAACCGAGAAGAAAGGCACCAUGGUUAUUGAUGUAGGAAUGUGUGGGGAAGAUGAGGUCAUAGAAUUGCGAUAAGCAAUUCCAUUUUUCCUCCCUGCUCUUCGCAAUUGAUUAAAUAUUUUUAUCUCUUCUGUGAAAUUUAGA